AUGUCAGAGGAUCCUAUUGUGCUCUCCUCCGAUCCCCCAAGUCAAGCAAUUAAUGCGGCCUCUGUAGCAGAAUCCUCCCAAGCUCAAGCCUACGACCAACUUGCCUCAUCUCCUGAUCGCAAGUACAAUAUGCAAGAUAUCGAGCCCGAUGUGGAUCCAGUCACUGAGUCUGCCGUUGCCGAAAACAAUCCAGAGACCACCAGCGCCAAUUCAGUGACCCUCAACUCUGACGACUCGUUCAUGCCAUUGCAUUCCAGCGCAGAUUCUUUCCCGUCGGUCCCCUCAAUCACGCUCAAUGCCCUAACUUUUGUACGUCUGCUUCAGGUGGCCUGUGAUGAGCUACGCUUCCUGGAUAGCAUGCAAGAUGUGGAAAGACAACAAGCCAUUGUGUUGAUUGACUUGAUCAACAGCAUGAUGGGAGACAUAUAG